UUUUCAAGGUUAUCUUUUCUAUCUGCUUACAUGUUGUGAACAUUGUUCAGUGUUUGAUAAAUUCAGAAUAUAAACGUUUUGUUGCAGAAAUAUCUUAAUAGUAUAUUGCUAUUUCACAAAUAUGGAUGUUAGUGGAAUGAGAGCAGAUUAUCAUAGCAAACAGGACCUAUUUCUAGAAGAAAAUAUUCAAAUAAAAGAACCUUUAGACUUGUUUGAUAAAUGGUUUAAAAUAAUAAAAAAUGAUUCAAGGACAAUUGAAGCCAAUGCUAUGUGUUUAUCAACUGCUACAAGGAGUGGUAUCCCUUCAGCAAGAUAUGUUUUACUCAAAGGCUACAGCAAAAAUGGUUUCAUUUUCUUUACUCACUAUACCAGCAGAAAAGGGCAGGAAUUGGAAGAAAAUCCAAAUGCAGCACUAACUUUUUAUUGGGAGCACUACAGUAGAUCAGUGAGAAUAGAAGGUGUAGUUGAAAAACUACCCUUUUCACAGGCAGAUGAAUAUUUUAGUAAACGUCCUUAUCAAAGUCAAAUAGGUGCUCUUUGUAGCAAUCAAAGCAAACCAGUUGCUGGACGUCAAAUACUAGCAUGGAAAGAAAAAGAACUUAAGAAUACAUAUGCUGAAGGAAAAGUUCCCCGACCGCCGCAAUGGGGUGGCUACAUAGUAAAACCCUCUUCUUUUGAAUUUUGGCAGGGGCAAACUGAUAGAAUACAUGAUAGAAUAAGAUUUCGCAAACCAUUCAACAAUGAGCCAGAUGGAGUUUUAACACACCAAGCAGAAGACGGAUGGAUUUACGAAAGAUUAAAUCCUUGAAAAAAAUUAUAAAAAUAUAAUAUAUUGAAAUUUUACAAUCUAAAGAAAUUGUAUUUUUAA